AUGAAAUCGGAUGAGACCAAAAACUUCGUGAUGCUCAGCUCGAAGCUUACUGGAGAGUCAACCGAGUCGGUCAGCCUCAGAACGUUGGCGAUUGCUUCCUCCAGCGGAAGCACUGCGCUUUGGGUGUCGAACGCGGUGGACUUCGACGUGAAGUACCGUCUUUUCUCUGUGCGUCGACGCACCGAUCGAUCACCUCUUUAUAAUGUGCUUAGGAAGCGUCGACAUACCCGCCGACUAAUGCAGCUCGAUCUCGGCUUUCAAGUUGCAAGGAAGGAAGGAGAAGCUGUCGCCUUUGAGUUCGAGGAAUCGUCGCCGUCGUCGGCCUCCCCCUCCUCGUCUUCGUGCUCAUCGCCGACGGUAGUAUCGACGGGAGGCUCCACGUUGGCCUCCCGCGCUCUGGGCCCGUCGCCGAAGCGGAAGGCCGGGCGGAAGAAGUUCCGGGAGACGCGACACCCGGUGUACCACGGCGUGCGGGAGCGCAACGGCGGUCGGUGGGUGUGCGAGGUGCGGGAGCCCCAGAAGAAGAGCCGCAUCUGGCUGGGGACGUUCCGGGAGCCGGAGAUGGCCGCGCUGGCGCACGACGUGGCCGCCAUCGCGCUCCGCGGCGGGUCGGCCCAGCUCAACUUCCCGGACCUCGCAGGGGCACUGCCCCGCGCGCGAUCGACGGCGCCCGAUGACGUCCGCCGCGCCGCGGCCAAGGCGGCCGAGAUGUUACGACCUUUAAAGUCGUCGCCCGCGCCGCUGCCCGCCGUGUCGGAUGCAGGAGAAAGCCAGGGACGUGAGGCGAGGGAGGAGAAUACAGCGACCAAGGACGCUGCUGCACCUCCGGCGGCAGUGUUCGUGGACGAGGAGGAGCUGUUCAACAUGCCGGAGUUGAUCGAGGACAUGGCGAGGGGGUUGCUGCUGACGCCCCCAGCGUUGCAGUGGCGAGGGUUCGAUUGGGAUAUUGCGGUGGAGGAGGAGCAAGAAAUAAGCUUGUGGCCACUGUGGAAUCACGAAUGAGAAACAUUUCUCGCAAGAAAUAGA